UUUAACGCCGACUGCCGACAACGGAGGACAAACCAAUCAUAUAACAGACACAGUACCGGAUCCGACGACCCUACCCGAAUCCGACCAUGUCCGCCAUUGCUGCUGCUCUUCUAGCUCCUGCUUCUCUGUCGCGUUCCAAAAACAUAACUCAGAAAAGGGUCCGCGAAGGGUUACGGGUCGUCGCAAUAGUCGGGGAAGAAGGGCAGCCUAAAGCCCCUUUGGAGGGGCGACGGAACAAAUGUCCCGAUUGGAAUCGAAUUUUGGAGAUCACGCGAUCUGACGUUCAGUAUUGCAUUAAGAAAGCUCGACAAGAUGUUCUUACAAUCGCGCUUAUCCACAAUAAGGUCGUGGAAGUGGUGAGCCCCCGAUUGAAGUCGAACUGGGCAGCCAGGAAAGAUCCCGAAGGCUUACAGGUAUGUAAGAAUCUCGAACUAUGUCCGAAUCUUACAUGGAUUUCCGCAGCGCUAACUAACGAUAAAAUACUACAACACAAGAAUGCGGCGAAAGCUAACCUGUCGCUCCCCGUUACAACGGACUCCGAGAGAAAGAUCGAGACAUUGCGCAAGGGGCUCAAUGUGUCCGGUCCCGUUCAGCCUUACGACGCCUGUCUGAAGAAUUUCUGGUACCCUGUAGCUUUCUCUGCAGACCUCAAGGAUAACACCAUGGUCCCCAUAGAUUGCUUCGAAGAAUCUUGGGUUCUCUUCCGCGGAGAUGACGGGAGGCCCGGGUGCAUACACAACACUUGCGCUCACAGGGCGUGCCCGUUGGAGCUCGGCUCGGUUCGAGGGGGUCGGGUACAGUGUCCUUACCAUGGAUGGGAAUAUUCUACAGACGGUAAAUGCACGAAAAUGCCGUCAACGAGACUACUACUUAAUGUAAAGAUCAGGGCUUUACCGUGCUCGGAGAAAGACGGUAUGAUCUGGAUUUGGCCCGGCAGCGAUCCUCCGUCGCUGAAUCUUCCUUCAUUGUCGCCGCCGUCGGAGUUUCAAAUCCAUGCUGAGAUGGUCAUGGAAGUCCCCGUCGAGCACGGCUUGCUUCUGGACAACCUUUUGGAUCUUGCGCACGCGCCGUUCACCCAUACCUCGACUUUUGCUAAGGGGUGGAGCGUUCCCAGCUUGGUGAAGUUCUUAACACCAGUCUCGGGGCUGCAAGGAUACUGGGAACCGUACCCUAUCGACCUGGAAUUCCGACCUCCUUGUAUGGCGCUGUCGACCAUCGGAAUCUCAAAGUCCGGGAAACUACAAGGGCAGAGCACGAAGGAUUGCGCGACACAUCUACACCAGCUCCAUGUCUGCUUGCCAUCUUCUCGACAGACGACGAGGUUGAUGUACAGAUUGUCGCUCGACUUCGCUCCUAUACUCAAGCACAUCCCGUUUAUCCAACACCUGUGGAGACAUUUCGCGGAAAAGGUAUUGAAUGAGGAUCUACGGCUUGUGAUCGGACAACAGAAACGGAUGCUAAACGGUGCCAAUGUAUGGAACUCGCCAGUGCCAUACGACAAGCUGGGAAUACGGUAUCGGCUGUGGAGAGAUUCAAUCGAGCGAAGAACAUAA